AUGCGCGCACCAGCAGCAGCAGCCCUCCUGACCCCACUCCUCCGGCGCAGCGUCUACAGCGGGCGAAACAGCACAAACAUCACCACCACCACCACCACCACCACCACCACCACCACCAUCCUUCGCGCAAGCGUCUCAGCAGCAGCAGCAGCAGCAGCAGCGUCUAUUACACCCAAUCCCCAUUCGUCCACCCAGCAGAAGAGAGCCAUGGCCAGCAGCAGCAGAGGCAUCAAACCGGCACGACGAGUCACUGGGCAGCGGAAGGAUGUGUGCCAGAGGAGACAGAAGCUGGAGAGACCUGCCGCUCAUGAGAUUGUGCCGCUCCACAGGUCCACCGUGAACGAAGCCGCAGCUGAGGCAGCCGCUGAGGGGAAAGACGUCAUUAACCUCGGCCAAGGGUUCUUCGGCUACAACCCCCCCGCAUUCGUCCUCGACGCCGCCAAACAAGCGCUCGACCGCGUCGAAUGCAACCAAUACUCGCCGACGCAGGGCCGGCUGCGGCUCCGCCAAGCGCUGUCCAAAGCCUACUCGCCCUACUUCAACCGCACGCUCAACCCCGCCACCGAGAUUGUCGUGACCUCGGGCGCAAACGAGGGGAUGCUCUCGGCCUUCAUGGCGUUCAUCGAGCCCGGCGACGAGGUCAUCGUCAUGGAGCCGUUCUUCGACCAGUACAUCUCCAACAUCGAGAUGGCCGGCGGCGUGGUGAAGUACGUGCCGCUGCACCCGCCGGCCAAGGGCGACACGCAGACGUGCCCGGCCAGCGACUGGACGCUCAACCGAGACGAGUUCAAGGCGGCCGUGACCGACAAGACGCGCAUGGUCGUCAUCAACACGCCGCACAACCCCAUCGGGAAAGUAUUCUCGCGGGCCGAGCUGGAAGGCAUUGCGGCAGUGUGCGUGGAGAAGAACAUCCUCAUUCUCAGCGACGAGGUGUACGACCGCCUCUUCUACACGCCCUUCACGCGCAUCGCGACGCUCUCCGAGGCCGUCAACAACAUCACCAUCACCGUCGGCAGCGCCGGCAAGAACUUCUACUGCACGGGGUGGCGCGUCGGCUGGCUCAUCGGGAAGCCCGAGCUCAUCAAGUACUGCGGCGCCGCGCACACGCGCAUCUGCUUCUCGUCCGUGUCGCCGCUACAGGAGGCCGCCGCUAUCGGCUUCGAGGAGGCCGACGAGCGCGGCUUCUGGGAUAAGAGUAAGGCUGAGAUGAAGGCGAAGAUGGACAAGUUCAACGAGGUGUGGGACGAGCUUGGGCUGCCUUACACCGACCCCGAGGGCGGCUACUUCGUGCUGGUCAACCUGAGCAAGGUGAAGCUUCCCGAGGGCUACUAUUUCCCGCCGCAUGUGGCAGAGCGCGCGCGCGACUUCCAGCUGGCGUGGUUCCUGAUCAAGGAGCUUGGGGUGGCGGCGAUCCCGCCGACGGAGUUCUACACGGCGAAGAACGAGAAGGAGGCGGAGAACUAUUUGAGGUUUGCGGUGUGCAAGGAUGAUGAGGUGCUGGAGGCCGCGAAGGAGAAGUUGAGGGGGUUGAGGGAGUUUAUGUAG